AUGACUGCGUCGAACCCGCGCAAGACCGAGGCCGACGCCUUGUAUCGGAAGAAGAAGUACGGCGAAGCCGCCACGGCUUAUAGCGCCGCUUUAAAACUGGAACCGCAUAACGAGAAGAUCUAUUCCAAUCGCGCCGCGUGCUGCGAGCAAUUGUGUAAAGAACUCUGGGGCCCGGAGAAGCAGGGCUGGUUGACGUGCGGGCUGGGGGAUGCCCGCAAGUGCCAGGAGUUAGCCCCGGAGUGGCCCAAGGCCCACGCGCGCGUCGUGGCGGCGUGCGUCCAGAAAUGUAGCCACGAAAAAGAUAGCGCCUGGGAGCGCGACGAUUAUGAUGAAGAGGCGGCAGCGCGGUCGAUUGGUAAGAUCGCGGGUCCCUCGUCCCAGAUCUUUUCUAGGAGUUGUCGGGAGGAAUGCUCCGCUCUGAAACGCGAGGCCGAAGAUGCCUGUAGGAGAGGAUUGGCAUAUGACGCGUCGGACUUGUACUUGCGAGCGGCUUUGAAUAAAUUAAGGGACGACGCCGACUAUGUCGUACGUAAAGAAGAUUCGUAUCCAUCGGGCAAGUACGCUUCCGAUGCGUCCUUGCAGAAGACGGAGCCCGCCGGGCGCUUGAAGCAGAAGGGCAACGACUUGUUUGAGAAGAAGAUGUAUCCGCAAGCCGAAAAGGCCUAUAGCGAUGCUCUAGCCUUCGAUCCCUUGGAUGCCGUGCUGUACUCCAAUAGAUCAGCAUGUCGAGUCCAUCAAGAUGAAUAUAGAGGAGCUUUAAGGGACGCGGAGAAGUGCGUCACAUAUAACCCGGACUGGGCCAAGGGCUAUUUGCGCGUGGCGAACGCGUUGUUCGGCCUGGGGGAUUACGUCGGCGCGGAGCAGGCUUGUAUGAGAGGGUUAGCCAUCGACCCGGACCAUUCGGCACUGUCCAAGCUCAAAAUACGUCUGAAGGUCGAAACGAAGGAGCCCCUGGAGGUGCAGCGGGAGAUGCAUAGACUGAGGGAGGACCAGCGCCACCGCGGGUCCCUGAAAAAGACCCUGAAAGGCCUCCGGGAGCACGGCGGCGGCGCGGGGCCCGACAUCUCCAAGGGCAUCGAGGAGAUGAUGUCGAAGAUGGGCAUGCCUGUCACUGUGUGAAAAUCAACCAGUGGGUUGGGUUUACGGGAACAUCGUCGCGUCGAUGGCGUGGAGCCUCCACGCCAUCGAGCAGACGCAGUUACGGGGACACCAUCGCGUCGAUGGCGUGGGGCGUCCGAAAUCUGAUUCCACACAGGCCGCCCGGCGUCGCGGGGAUGGCUGGUUUGGAUAUGGCCAAUUUACCCUCCGCGGCGGCGGACCAGCCCACGAUGUCCGAGGCGCAGAUGCGGCGGCACGCUCGGCAUCGCGCGGGCGUGAAGCCUCCGCCUCCGCCUGACGGCGCGGUCGAGGUGGGGAGCGAUGGGGCGUUUAACAUGUGAUAGGCUACUUGUACCGAUGAAUUCUUCUCAGGCUCAGGCUAGUUACGUCGCGCCCCCCCCCGUACCCCUUUUUUGGCUCAGGCUCCGUUACGUUUUCCGGCUAGUGUCUUACCACGCUAGCUCUGCUCUGCUUUGCUGUGCAAGCUCUGCCGAGCUCUCAGAGCAAACAACACAAAGCGAGUGUCAGUACGAUGCGUUGCCUCACAGUCCUGCUCGCAGCGUCGACGGCGUCGGCGCUGCAGCCGCAUGCGCUCAAAAAACCUUGGAGAGCGCUUGGCAAGGCUGUCGCACCAGCACUCUUGGGCGUUGGCUGCCUCAGCAGCAUUGCGGCACCGCCGGCGAACGCGGCGGACAAGCGCCAGAUCGCGUCGAUCACCGCUUCUGGUUUGGUCUUCAAGGACAAGCUCAUCGUGGACGCCUUCGCCGAUCCUAAAGUCGAGGGCGUCACGCUCUACGUGUCGGACUUCGAGCGGCCCGUCGUGGAACGCGUCCAGAAGGACUUCUUCUCGGACCCGUCGCAGAGUGGCCUCGCGUGCUCGCGCCGCGCGGCGCCGCUCAAAGUCGGCAACGUCGACACGAGCGCCGAGGGCGAAGACGUCGUCAGCGAAGCCAAGUCGCUGCUGUUCAAGACGCUGCGCGUCAAGCGCAUCGUCGACAAG